UGAAGGAAUACAAGUAAAAACCCUAGUUUACAUUAUCUCUCUCUCUAGGAGUCCGAGGACGCUCGAAGAUCCUCCCCAACCGAUACGUGGGAUGUAUCAUUGGUGCUCUCAUUGACGUUGUUCACCACUGCCGAUCGUACUUCUCCUCCCUACCAUGCCGUCCGUCCCUUCCCAGGAGGAAACCCUAGCGGCCAUGCAUGGGCAGAUCCAAAACCUCAAGGGUGAUUUGGAUGCCAAUGUCAAGUUAUUGCAGGAGUCUCUCGGCCAGUUGCACAAAGAGUUGGAGGUCCGUAUAGAGCUUCAAUUUCAGCGCCUCCUCACCAUGUUACCCCCAAACCGCAAAGGCCAUGGAGACGAUGUUUCUGGUUGUCAAUACACCGGCGAUCAGGGAGGGGGUUUCCGAGAUCGUCACACUCCCAAACCCAAGCUCGAGGCCCCUAUGUGUGAUGGUUCGGAGCCGCUCCGUUGGCUUUAUAAAGCCGAUGAGUACUUCAAGUUCUACACUACACCACCAGAGGAGCGCCUACGUUGCAUUGCACUCAUGUUGGAAGGGCCAGCGGCGGAUUGGUUCCGCUGGCGGAUGAAUGCAAAUUUGAUCGUCGAUUAUGCCGAUUUCGUGGACAAAUUUAAGCUCAGGUUUGAUCCCAUGUAUUAUGCUGAUUAUUUUGGCCAGUUAGCUAACCUCCGUCAGACAGGAUCUGUUAUGGAAUAUCAAACGGCCUUCGAGAAUAUUAUGCAGCACGUCACGGGUGCCUCGGAAGCUAAUCUCCUGUCUCUGUUUCAUGCGGGUCUCAAGCCUCACUUACGCCACGAAAUUGCCCUGUUAAAACCCACCACACUAUCUUCCUCCUUCGCAUUGGCUCGGGAACUCGAGGCUAAGCACUCCACGUUACUCCAAUCGGUGUCGCCACGCCAACAAUCCUGGAAUUCAUCCCUGCCACCUCAGGUUUUUCCCACAUCCACACGCCCGAGUACACAAGAGGACAAGGCUGCCACGCCUACACCAGUCGGCGACGUUGGUGGUUCCGCUCAUGUACGCCGGCUACCUCGGGCCGAGCGUUUGGAACGUCGGGCUAAGGGUCUGUGCUAUAAUUGUGACCAAAAGUGGUCUAAAACGCAUCGAUGUGGGCGUUUCUUGCUCUUAUGUGACGACGAUGACGAGGAGCUUCCCGAGGAUUCCGCCACCGACAUUCCUCCCAUCACGGCUGAUAUCUCUAGUUUGAACACCAUGGACGGUGCACCCGCCCCACGCUCUUUGCGUUUGGCAGGCCGGAUUCAUCAAACCGAUAUUCAGGUGCUCAUCGACGGCGGAAGCACUCAUAACUUCCUCCAUCCGGACCUUGUUUCUAAGCUUCAACUUCCGGUUUUUAUGGUGACACCAUUUCGGGUGUAUGUGGGGAAUGGCGAUUCCUUGCCGUGUGAUAAACGUUGUGCGGUGUUACCUCUUUUCCUUCAGGGCACACUCUUUUCGGUUGAUGUUUUUGUUCUCCCAAUCCACGGGCAAGAUGUGGUUCUUGGCGUCCAGUGGUUGCAGCAGCUUGGCCGGGUAACUCAUGAUUAUGCGUCCAUGAAGAUGGAAUUCACUUGGCGUGAUAAGUUGGUCUCGCUCCAGGGGGGUAUCUCUGCACCGCAGGGGAUCAAUGCACACACUCUUAAUUUGUUGCAUGGCCGGCAAGAGUUCGCGGCUUACUUUGAGAUUUAUUUUUUGGGAGCCCAACCUGACACGGCGGUAGACGGAACUCCACUGCCAGCACCAAUCCAGCCCCUACUGGCGGAAUUUGCACAGUUUCUCUCUGCAAUCCGUGAUGCCAUCCUCCUUUUCAAGCUUAAUGAAGACAUGAGAUUCAGUGACGGAUCAAAACUUCAAAACAUCCGGAACAUUAUUGAUAUUGAAAAACUUUUUGAUGCCGAGUUGGGUGGCACUAAGAGGUCGAAGGAUUGCACAUUGAUUCCAGAGGGGGAUUCUGGCAAAGCACUUGUGAAAAAGACCAAGCCACAUUUCUCUUCCCCAAUUGGAUCUCACGCACGGAAAAACGGAGAAAUGGGAGAAUGGGAGUUCAUAGACUCCUUCGGCGAUAGAAGUAACGCCAUCUCCAACGGCUCUUCUCCAACGUUCGCCAAAAUCAAUGCUCCAACGGAAGAAUUUGGCUCCUCCAUCCUAUAAAUUGAAGCUUCACAAGAUCGGAAGAAGGGGGAAUUACGGGGAAUCGAACGAAAAAAGAGCAGCGGCUAUGGCCGCUGCCAUCUACGCACGGUGGCGGACGGCCGCCAGACGCGAACCGGCGGCGGCAUCAGUUCCGGCGAGAGGUCGGCAGUAGCUCCGGGCAGAGAUGGAUGGCUUGCGUGCUGGUCUCUCAUAUGAGGAGAGAAAGCUCUUUGGCGUCUACCCACUAAGGGGGAAACUACUCAAUGUGAAGCAGGCCACACACACCAAGAUAAUAAAUAACAAAGAAGUUGAAGAAAUUAAGAAAAUAGUGGGCCUUAAACAAGGGGUCAACUACCUUCAAUCCUAGAAGAGAGAUUUGCGAUAUGAUCAUAUCUUAAUUAUGACAGAUCAGAUUUGGCCAGAAUUAUUAGAGAUUAAACCUCCUUUUAUGUCCCAGCUCAUCACUCCUAUUAUCAAGGUUACUGAUAGAACAAAAAAAAUCUGCCCAAAAGCUUUUUCACCAUUCACAAGUUUGAAAAGUGGAUGAAGGGUAAUCCUAUAGCGAAUGGAAAGUUAAGUAUGUUGGAAACAAUCUCUUUAUUAUAACUGGAAAAUUGUUCAAAACCAAUUACAAUAAACUCUCAUAUGUUUCUCAUAUCAUAACCCAAGCUUGGCUAAGAUAUAUACAGAGCUAAUUAAGCCUACAACCCAUAAUUCUAUUCUUACUAGAAAUAGAACAUCUCGGGUUGGUACUCUUAAUCCAACUAGGUAAUUAGCUUUCAUUCACCCUUUUUCUCUCUCGCACAACCUAGCAAUAACAAUCUCUUUAUUAUAACUGGAAAAUUACUCAAAACCAAUUACAAUAAACUCUCAUAUGUUUCUCAUAUCAUAACCCGGCUAACAUAUAUAGAGAGCUAAUUAAGCCUACAAUCCAUAAUUCUAUUCUUACUAGAACUAGAACAUCUCGGGUUGGUACUCCUAAUCCAACUAGGUAAUUAGCCUUCAAAUUAUUUCAAGGUAUAAUAUCUUUGACAACAUUCCUUAACAAUAUUUUUUAUAAAUAGUCCUUAAUAUG